AUGCACUGCGCUGUGCUCUGCUCCUUGGCGGCCGUCGUGAGCGUCCAGGUCUCCGUGUCGGCCCUCCACGUCUUGGAGGGCGGCCCCGAAGACCCGCGCGCCGAGGCCGCGGAGGCGUUCGACGCGACGCGGCGGCGCGUGGAGGCGUUCUCGUUCCGGGACUUCGUCGCGAAGUUCGGGCGCUCCUACGCGGAGGGCACCGACCAGUGGGCCGAGAGGGAGGCGGCCUUCGCCAAGAGGAAGGAGGAGGUGCUGGCCUUCCUGCGCGGCCCGCCGCAGUCGUUCACCAUGGGCAUCACGCAGUUUGCCGACUACUCCGCGGCCGAGUACCAGGCCGUCCUGGGCUACAGGGGGCGUCCCCGCAGCAGCGCCGGCGCGGGGGGGUCCUCCGCGGCCUUGGCCCGCGAGCGCGGGGCCUUCGAGCACCCGCAGAAUUACUCCGUGGUCCGGGAGAACCGGGAGAUGAGCAGGGUCGUGCGCAACCAGGGUGGCUGCGGCUCUUGCUGGGCCGCGGCCGCCACGUCCGUGCUGGAGAGUCACAUUGAGGCGAACGCGUCUGUGAUGAAGGGCCUGCGCAGGAUCCUCGACUACUCAAACAGGCUCUCGCAACUCCCGACGCUGUCCCUGCAGACGAUGGUGUCCUGCACGAAGAAUCCCCGAAACUGCGGCGGCCAAGGCGGUUGCUCAGGCGCCACCGUAGAGCUGGCAUACGAGAUGGUCAAGGAGUACGGCGGCAUCCCGCUGGCCCUGGACUGGGCUUACGAAUCGGGUACCGGAAACACUCCAGAUUGCAGGGAGAGCGUCUUCCAGGAGGCGGUGAUUGGUAUCACUGGCUACGAGGUGCUCCCGUCCAACAAGCUGCAUCCGCUGAUGCAGGCGCUGUUCCACACCGGGGGCGCCAUAGCAGUCUCCGUGGACGCCACCCAUUGGGGAAUGUACGAUGGGGGCAUCUUCAGCGAUUCGACGUGGGGAGGCGACUUCACUGUGAAUCAUGCGGUCACGCUGAUGGCCUACAAGCGCCCGAUGCGGGAUGAGAGCGGCGAGCUCCAAAUGGGAUAUUGGUUGAUCAAGAACUCUUGGGGCGCAGAUUGGGGCGAGAGUGGGUACAUCCGCCUGGAGAUGAAGGAGAACGAAGAGCACCACUGUGGCAUGGACAGAGAGACUCACAAGGGCCUCGCCUGCGACGGUGACCCCGACGAGGCCCGGGUGUGCGGCACCUGCGGCAUCCUAUACGAUUCGGUCUACCCGACCGACGUAAAAUUGUUGAAGCCGGUGCCAGCAUACAAAGGCUAUUUUCCGAAUUGA